AUGUCACCACCGACGGCGAUUUCACCACCGCCACUACAAAUCUCCCGCGUCGCCACCAUAAACACUACCCAAAAAUUGCCUUCCCCUUCCUCACAAAUUCCAAUCUCACAUUCGCCUUCUCUGGAACCGCUCCCCCCUGUGGCCACGCCCAUCUCCACAAUACCUCCCCACCUUCCAGAUUCUUCCCCCUUCGAAUCGCACCUCAUCCCCACGAAGAGGACCGAGAGAGCGUCUUCUUUUCCAAUCGUUGCAGAGCGGCUCCUCGCACUCGCAGCCUCGCUAGCGAAGCUUCAUCGAGAUCCUCUCGCCACCAGAGCGGCGACAAUCACUGCGAUUUCGGCUCAGUUCUAG